UACGGUGCUUUGGUCCAGCUCGCCUGCAUUCCUCCUCUCUAAAGCCUGGCCGAUAGACAGAGAAAGAAAGGGGGAGAAAACAAAUUAUUAUUCACAACGGUGUUGGAUUUUUAUGAACCACGGAGCCGACUCGCACCGGACUCACCGGCCCACGACGCUUCGCCGGGUCCGGACCGCUGCUUUCGGACGUACAGCAGCGAAAAAAGGCGUGUUUUCGUCCAUAAAUGACGGACUUUGCGUUGCUGCGUGUGUAGGUCAGCACCAGAAAAGCAGCUUUGGUGAAACAGCCUUCAGCCUUUCCACGGCGAAUAUCUCCUCUUUUUUUCUUUCUGUCUUUUUUUUAAUGAGGAUUUGCAAGAUGGCUGAUGACAGCUAACAAGGACAGAAACUCGACGUCCCCUUUAAGACCAGCGGGUAUAUUUCUGUAUUAUUUUUUCUGUUUUCAGAUCCGUUAAUAAAUACAUAAAUAUGUCUGCUUUUAGACGGAAUGACCACAGCUCGUAUUAGCGCCGCUGUAGAGGUUUUAUCCGGUAGAAAAUGGUGAGGUGACGUCUGGGCUAAUUUACCGAUUUAAAGCGAGAUAAGGAAGUAGAUAAAUAUGUUGUUGGCUAAAGGCUGAGGCGGAGACCCGUUGAAAAGAAGCUGAGAAACCGUGAUGUUUGUGCGGGCAGAUAUCUGAUAGAUGUCGGAGGGAAAAAGCUCCAACAUUCCUGCGGAUCCCAGAAGCCUUUGUUUUGUGCGCAGGAGCCGGACUCGACUAUUAAAAACCAUUAACUAUGCAGUAAACAGCCUGGAAAUGAUGGCCCGGGUAUGAUCUGCUGUUUAAUGAGAUUAUAAGGCCUUUGUUGUCGAUGUAAAAGUGGUGGAAAAAAUAAAAGCCGAGGCCUUGUGUACAGAUAUGCGAGCUUGUGCCACAUAGCAGCCAGGCGGUUAUUCUUGAAAAAACAGAUUUAGUGUGAAAGUGAAGGGCUCCGGAUACCUGUGCUGUUCAUCUGACCUGUAAAACUGCAUUUGUACGUGUCCAGCCGGGUGUAUGUAGAAUUAAAUCGCCUGUGGAUCCUCCUCGGAUACUUAUUUAUGAUUCAGACAAAAGCGCCGCGCUGCGUUGUGGUUAUUGAGGGGCGUCCUUGAGGUCCUGCUAAAACAGAUUCAGGUUUUAUAGGGAAAAAAGGAAGCUCUCUUCUGUGUGUGUGUGAAUAGUAAUCAGGGUGUGGACUCCAGCAGUCCUUUCUCAUGCUUUUCAUGCUUGGUUUGUUGGUCUGAAUUGGUCAAUCAUAAUUCAUGUGAAGGUAAAGGGCCUGAGCAGCAGCAGGAGGAGGAUCCAGUGUCUCUUUUUUUCAUGUGCUACACACAGAUAGAUUCGCCUCCUGAUCCUUGUGUAGAUAUUUAAUUCUCCGUGCCUUGUUUGCGUUUCAUGGUUGACCUGUAGCGGACGGCUUUUUGCUUCCUGCAGGCCUAUAAACACACAUACAGGAGGCCGGCACAGUCUGAGUGUGAUUUAGGGGAAUAGGAAAGCACCGUUUACUGUAAUCUGCAUAGCGUCAGCCUCUGUUGCAUGUGUUGAAAUCACCAAGGUGUUGUCAUCCUCGCCUGAAGCCUUCCUCUUCAGGUCAAUUUUUUUUCUUUUCUGGAAUUUGCCUUCAUGCUGCAGUAAUAAGCAAUACUCAUCAUCUGUCAGGGAAGACUCAUCUGGUCACAAGGGGUCUGGCAGGCUGAUCUUUCAGGACGGCACCGGGGCUGUUUUUAUCGGUUUCUCAAGACUCGCUUUGAUAGCAUCAGGUUUCCUGUGAGCGAGCAGCGCAGAGGCCUCGAGGUCUGGGAAGAAGCAGGGUAACAGUUAGUUUAUGCCUGCCUGCACCACCAUGAUGGCCUCUGACAUGGCUGAGACGUGGAGGAACUGUUUCGAGGAGGAGCUCAUCUGCCCCAUCUGCCUGCACGUUUUCUCAGAUCCCAUCCAGCUGCCCUGCAAGCACAACUUCUGCCGGGGCUGCAUCAGCGAGGCCUGGGCCAAAGACUCCUCGCUGGCCCGCUGCCCCGAGUGCAAUCACGCUUACACGCAGAAACCAAGCCUGGAGAAGAACCACAAACUGUCCAACAUAGUCGAGAAGUACAAUGCCCUGAGCGUGGAGAAGGCCACCACGCCGGCACUGCAGUGCAUCCUGUGCCGCCGAGGCCCGCCGCUCCCCGCCGUCAAGGUGUGCCUGCGCUGCAAUGCCCCGUGCUGCCAGUCCCACGUCCAGACGCACCUGCAGCAGCCCUGCUCGGCCCUCGGGCACGUGUUGGUGGAGGCGGAGGCGGUGAAGGCCUGGACCUGCCCACAGCACGACGAGUACAGGCUGUAUCACUGCGAGGCCGAGCAGACAGCGGUCUGCCAGUACUGCUGCUUCGCCCGCUGCCACCCCAGCCACGGCCACGCCGUCACCGAUGUGGAGCUGCGACGCAACGACAUCAGACAAAACCUGCUGAGGCAGCAGGAGCGUGUGGAUGAACGAGUGCAGGAGAUCGAAGAGCAGCUCUGCAAACUGGACUCUGACAAGUGUGUGGUGGAGGACAGGGUGUGCGAGCUGAAGGAGGAGGUGCGCCUGCAGUACCAGCGGAUGCACCAGCUCCUGGAGGAGGAUCUCGGUCGGACACUGGAGGCUCUGGAUCGGGCUCAGGCUCGGUUCUGCCAGGAGAACGCUGCCCAGGUUCUGGUGCUGGGAGAGCAGCGCCAUGAGGCCCAGAAGCUGCUGAGCUCCAUCCACACGGCCUUCAGCAAGGCAGAGGAGCUGAGCUUCAUGAAAAACACCAAGCCUGUGAAAAUCCUCACAGACAGGUCUCAGGCAUGUGUGGGCAGCAGCCUCCCUCCUUACAAAGUCGGGAAUCUAAACUCCAAGCUUUUCCUCUCUGAGAUCACGAAAAGAGAGAAAAGCUUGAAAAGAACACUUGAAGCUCCCCUCACUCCUCCCUCGACCUUCCUGCAGUCUGUUCCUGCAUAUCCCAGCGGUCAGAGCUCCGCCUCCGGAGCAGAGAAACGGAAACAUUCCACUGCCUUCCCCGAGGGAAACGGGAGCGCCGGAAAAAACGCCGCUCUGGGUUUUAAAGACUCGUCCUCCUCUUCCUCUUCUUCUUCCUCAUCGUUAGCCAAGCAGCCCUACCUGGGCUCCGGCUCCGCCUCCGGAGAAGGCCAGUCCACCAAUCAGCAGCCUCUCGGCCCCUGUGGUCCGCCGCACAUCAGUGAGAGCGGCGGGACAGGAAGCGGCAGCGGCUCGUUGACCAACCACCAUUCAGGAUCCGUAUUCAGCUCCUCACACUUCACCCCAGGAGGCAGCAGCUCCUCGCACUCCUCCCAGCAGGCCGUGUUGCCUCAGUACGGCGGCCGCAAGAUCCUAGUGUGUACCAUGGAUAACUGCUACUGCUCCGGAGUGCCCUCGGUGUCGGGCCACCGCAGCCAUCCCCCAUACCCGCGCUCGGGUUCCUUCCCCUGGGUCAGCGCCCAGGACUACCCCCCUCCUCCCGGCCUGGCUUCUGGAGGUCCGUCCAUGCAGGGCCUGGCAGUGAGGGACUGGAUAGAUGCCUCACAGACGCACAGACAUGCAGAUUUCUACGGGCUGUACGGGCAGCCCUCUACAAAGCACUACGUCACCAGUUAACAGAGCAGACACACACACACCCACUCACACACACACCUGGAUAUAGAGACAGGCACCAGAAUAGCACACCUUUACCGUCUUAUUAACCAGAAAAUACGCAAUGCAGUUAUACUAUACACACGUUAAAAUAAAUGUUUAUAUCUGCACACACACGUACACACAUUCGGGGGCAGGGUUGAUCUCUGUGUUUUUAUUUUCUUCCUUUCUUGACUUUCUGUCAGUGUUUCAUGUAGUGUAUUAUACAUAAAAUGCAUAAAUGACAGCCAAUCGCUCACUCUGGCACAACUCAGCUCAGCAUUUUUACACUCGAACGAGAAACAAAAAGAGAGGCCUAAAGAGGAGAGGAUGAGAUGCAUCUUUUUAUAUAACAGAGUAGGAGACGGAUUGAUAGGAAAUGAACUUUUAUUAGAAAAUCUUCUCCUGCUUCUUCAAGGCUUCUCACCGAGGCUAAAGGAAAAUACCUUGCAGUGUUGAGCUUUCCAGUUCCAGUUCAUGUUUCUCUGAUAUAAUCACCUCUCCAGUUGUACUGAGGUCAAUUGCCUUAUGUUAUUAGCAUCUCAUUUUUCUCCGCAUAGCUGACUGUUUGAUAGAUCCUUUAGAGAGGGAUCGCGGUCCCCCUCGUGUCUCUUAAAAUUUUUUUAUCAUCAUGGCACUUCUUCCUUUCUUUGCUGAGUUCAGGGAUGGAUCGUACAGCUUGAACACAAAACGCUCUUCCAUGGAACACCCACAAUGCACUUGUGGACGCCUUGCUAUGCCUGGACUACAGAUGCUGAACCAACAUAGGGACGAUAGACCUGCAUUUGACCCCUAGUCCUCUGUGAUUUUCACAAUUGGGCCUGUAUUCCUAGCACUCGUUCCUGCUGCCACAGAAGGACAGAAAAUCUUACAAAGACUGUUUCCAUUUAGUGAUUACUGAUUUUGUGUUAUUUGGUACGUCUGUAGGCUUCACGCUUGUCUAGAAAAGACUCUUUGGCUGUAGAGAAAGAGACAAGACUGGACAGACCGAACCAAUCAAGCAUCUGGAUGAUCUGAUGAUACUGUUAUUGUACUUCCUGCAGGGCAAAGAUGUCACUUCUCUCAAUAAGCACACAAGCUCUUGGCUUCCUGUUUGCAGCUGAAAGCAUGCAAGGAAGAGUUUUUUUUUUUUUUUAAAGCACUCAAAAGGAGAACAAUGGGGGAAAAGAAACUGAUGCCGUUUUAAAAUGAGUGUAUGAAAGAAACGAAGGCUAGGAGGAACUUUUUUCAUGAACUUUUUCUAAAAAAAAACAAGACUGCGAGAUGUAAGCAAUGGUUCAUCAUCCUAAACAGGAGCUGUUACAACAGCCAACAUAAAGAGAAAAAACAAACAUAAAAGUAUCUUUUUUGUAAAUAUUUUGUGAAAUGGAAAAAUUACAGACGUGAUUUGGAGGAGGGUUCCAAAUAAACGAACAAAUUUAAACCGUC